AAGAUAGGUUAUGUAUAUUUUGGUGUCUAUGGUAUUUAUGGAUUAGUUGGUUCGACUAGGGUACUCGAGUCGGCGGGAAGAACCGGCUCGAAAAGGCUCAUGUGAACGACAGGAACUGUCGCGCAGUGCGCGUUGUAUACAUCUGCCCAACUUUAAUUGAUCGUUCAGUCAUUGGGCUCCUGGUCACAGCAGGGUAUCAUAAAUUCCCAGGAUUGCUUAUUUCUGUUGGACUGGUCAUCCGACGGUGAUCCUCAGAUACUAGUGUUCUCUGAAAAUGUUAUAGUUGAUCCAAAUCAGACUGUCAUAAUUGUGUUGUGAUAGACAUCGUCUAUCCUUUUGAAAGAUGAAGUUAUGCGAUGCCUGUCAGAACAUCGACCUCCGAAAUCUCUUGCAAUCUUACCACAAUACGCGUGAACUCUAUCCAAUAAGCGACCCUUGGACUGGCGGGCUUUCCCUCAAUAUUUAUAAAUCCAAGGGGUUUCAGGCUCACCACGCGAGUAUCACCGCUCUUCAAAAUGCUAUGAAAGAUGGCUGUGAGUUUUGCAGAAUGGUUUGGGCACAUCAUUGCCACUUCUUGUCCCAAAACAGUGACAGAAAAUACUGCGCUGACACUGAAACGCAUGGGACGGAUGAAUGCGCAUGUAAGCAAUGCCGAGGGCCGCUGCUCUUUUCUAUCCAUCAGAAUUAUGGUCUUCAUCGCUACCUUCAAUUGGUAGUUGUAGCCAUGCCAGAUGAUAAUGGGGAGCGGGACCCGAAUAUCUGCAAGGAUGUUGGAGUAAUCGCAAAGUUGAACAUAUGCACUGCUAAGGGCGCAGAGAUACCAAAGAGAGACGCACAUCUCCUUGAAGAUAUCGGUCGUGACGAAUUGCCUUGUGAUCUGCACUCUGAGAUGUGUCUCUCUCUGGCGGCCAGUUGGCUAGAUAAAUGCUGCCGGAAGCAUGCAAAAUGCGAAGGAUACAAAGACAGAGCGCAUUCUCUUCCCACACGUGUCAUUGACGUAGGGGACUCACUCACACAACCAUAUUUACACAUCAGCGCAGACGGUGAAACCGGAAGAUGGGCGGCAUUGAGCUAUUGCUGGGGCGGAGACUCUAAUUUCACUCUCAAUGCCUCAUCUUUUGACGGUCUCCGCAGCGGACGGUCUCUGGCGACAUUUCCAGCCACUCUACGGGACGCUGUCCUCGUGACAAGAGCACUAGGAUUCCGCUACUUAUGGAUCGACUCCCUCUGUAUCUUUCAAGAUGAUAGUAAUGACUGGGCGGUCGAAGCUUCAAGAAUGAGCCGCAUUCACAGACAUGCAGCUGUCACUAUUGCCGCUACGAGCGCAAAAACGGCGGACGAUGGCUUCCUAGACAAAAGGGCACCGUUCUUUAGCUGCCCUUUCCCUUGGCGUCGAAGAUCCCACCGAGGUAGCGUCAAUGAUGAUUUCCGCGCGUAUCCUGUUGUUUUUCGGAGUUACACGAAUGAGUUUAACAAGGAGCCGUCACGGUAUUCGCGCUGGGCUACCAGAGGCUGGACAUUCCAAGAGGAAUUACUAUCGAAAAGACUCUUGUAUUACACUAAAGAAGAGAUGAUUUGGAAGUGCCGCGCUGUGACGUUUAGGGAGCCAGGAGAGGAACCCGCUACCUCUCUCAUAGAGCUUCCACAGCCACUACCGGUUCCUCUGCCCAAGCCAGAUGAACUAUACGCCGCAAAUGACAUGCCAGAUCCCUAUCGGAAUUGGUACCUGCUGCUGGAAAAGUAUUUAUUACGGGAUCUCAAAUUUGAUAGAGAUCGCUUGCCGGCGAUCGAAGCAUUGGCCGAGUUCUUCCAUGCGCAGUUUGGAGAACAGUACUGCGCGGGAUUGUGGAGGGGGGGCCUCCUAUUUGGCUUAUUAUGGAGCAUUCACCGUAAUGAGCACUACCCAGGACCGCUUGCUGAUACUGCUAGACGCUCUGAGGCUCAGAACCUCCGUUACCAAUACAAAUAUAAUAAAGAAAGAUAUGCUCCGGUGGGUGAUUCUUCGAAGCAACGGAAGCCGUCCUGGAGCUGGAUAGGGGCAGAUACUUAUGUCGCUUUGAAGUGGCCCCAGUUGAGAUGGAUGCGCAACUAUACCUAUCUUGCAAAAAUCCUUGAUUUCAAGGUCCACGGCCAGCUUCAUGGCGUCUUCGGCCAUGUAGAGGGCGCGGAACUUACCCUGGAGGCGCCGUAUCGGCACUUCCAUUUGAAACUCGAUAGCUAUUCCAAGGCCCUUACGCGCUCUAGUCCGUUGGCAAGCAUGAGGGAGCUGGCGCAGGUCGCCCUUGUGAGACCUGGCUACCUCGCAGGAACGGAAACGAGCGGCUCUGUUAUCGUUCCGAGCAGCAGUAUGGACUUCACACUAAUCCACAUUGCAGAAGUGACUCGAUUUGAUCCACCAGUGCUAUAUCUCCUCAUUCUACAGCCUCAGCCGAGGAAUGCAACCAACAGCAGGGGACCACAUCAUUAUCGUAGAGUUGGGUUGCUGCGGCUUAGCCCGCACAGAUACAACAGUUCCGACUCUGUCAGGGUGGCGGAGACAAAACGCUUGGAGAGUGAUGCCUAUAAGGAAGUUGCUUCAGAGAAGUGGCCAGUCGGAACUUUUGUAAUUGACUGAGUAUGAUAAGAGCUGCAGCAUAUCGAAUCACUGGCAUUUCUCUUGCUGUUUAUGGGGUUACCGUCUGGCUACCCCAUCUGAAUGAAGCAUCAACGAAUGUCGAACUCGCUCAGUAAAGAGAUGUAUGCUUUGAACAUACAAGCCGGUGUAUUCAAGUAAGUCAUCACAGACAGUUUCUAUCAUAG